CUGCAGAUCAUACCUGUGAAGUGAAUGGCUGUGAAGAAUGACUCCUCUGUAACUGAGUUUAUCCUUACGGGAUUAACAGACCAACCUGAACUCCAGCUACCUCUAUUUUUUCUGUUUUUGGUGAACUAUGUGGUCACUGUCGUGGGCAAUUUGAGCUUAAUUAAUUUAAUUUACCUGAAUUCUCACCUUCACACCCCCAUGUACUUUUUCCUCUUCAAUCUGUCCUUUAUAGAUCUCUGUUAUUCAUUUGUCUUCACCCCCAAAAUGCUAAUAAGUUUUAUUUCAGAGAAGAACAUCAUCUCCUUUACAGAAUGCAUGACUCAGCUAUUUUUCUUCUGCUUUUUUGUCAACUCUGAGUGCUAUGGGUUGACAGCCAUGGCCUAUGAUCACUAUGUGGCCAUCUAUAAACCCUUGCUGUACACAGUUACCAUGUCUCCUCAGGUCUGUUCUCUGCUGAUAUCUGGUUCAUAUGUGAUGGGGUUUGCUGGUGCCAUGGUCCACAUGGGGUGCAUGGUUAGACUGAUCUUUUGUGAUUCCAAUAUCAUCAACCAUUACAUGUGUGACAUGUUCCCUCUCUUCCAGCUCUCCUGCAGCAACACCUAUGCCAGUGAGCUUGUGAUUUCUGUUAUUGUGGGCACAGUUGUCAUUAUAUCUAGUCUCAUUAUCUGUAUUUCUUAUAUUCUGAUUCUUUCCAAUAUCAUUCACAUCUCUGCAUCUCAGAGUUUGUCCGAAGCCUUUGGCACCUGUGGCUCCCACCUAGUAACUGUUGGUCUGUUCUAUGGAUUUGGGUUGCUCACUUACGUCAAACCACCAUCCACUGGGUCUGUGGGCCAAGGGAAAUUUUUUGUGUUUUACACAAAUGUGGUGCCUAUGCUCAGCCCUUUCAUUUAUAGUCUCAGGAACAAAGAUAUCAAACUUGCUCUGAGGAAAACCCUGAAGAGAUUUUCAAACUGA